GCAGCCAACGACGCAAACUCCGGCGGCGGCGGCGGCAAGGUGGUCUCCGAGGACACGGUUGCCGUCCUCCUCAUGGCCAUGGGCAGCACCUCGAUCAGCAAGGCUCAAUACAACAUCAUGUCGUCCCUCGACGGCACGAGGACUGCUUCCUCCUUCGAGCACUCGUUCCGCUCCAUUAUCAAGAAGGCCAAGGAGCUUCAAGCCCGCGUCGACGCUGGCGAGACCUUCGAAGCCGUCGCCCCAGCUAAGAAGCGU